UUCUCUUCUCCAAACUCGUUCUGAACAAGGCAAGGCUCUCUGAAAAAACGAGGAAAAAAGACAACUUUAUUUUAGUUCCCCUGAAACAAAAAUCAAGAAGAAAAAAAAUGGUGAAGGAGGAGCUGUACAUAACAGUACCGAGUGUUUUCCGGUGUCCAAUCUCACUGGAUGUAAUGAAGUCUCCGGUUAGCCUCUGUACGGGCGUUACCUACGAUCGUUCUAGCAUCCAGCAAUGGCUCGAAUCCGGUCACAACACGUGUCCCGCCACCAUGCAGGUUCUUCCUUCCAAGGAUUUCGUCCCAAAUCUCACUCUCCAUCGUCUAAUUAACCUCUGGGUCCAAUCCUCCACUCGCCGGCCUGGGUCUGACUCUCCGCGGCUGCUACAGGCCGCGACUCCGGCGAUCUCUGAGGUUCAAGCUAAGCUAUUGAUAGAGAAGAUUGAGAGCGAGAGCUGCGCCGAUUCUUUAUCUAAGGUCGUCGAAUUCGUAAGCUUUUGUGAAGAGAACAGGAGAUUUGUAGUUACACUCGACGGUUUCGUUGAGGUAAUCGCCUGCGUUUUGACAAGGAAAUGUGUGGAAAUCGAAGCUUUGGAAAUGUCGGUUAGGAUUUUGGAUUUGAUUUUGGGCGAAGACGGAGUCAAAGAACGGUUAAACAAAUUAAUCCUCAAAAGCAAUCAGGAAAACAAUAUCUUAUCUGCAAUCGUUUUAAUUCUCCAAAACGGAAGCCUCAACUCGAAGAUCAAAUCCGUCCGAGUUCUGGACUCACUCGCACUGGACUCAGAAUCCAAACGCAAAAUCGCCGACUCACAAAACCUUAUAUUCAUCCUUCUCCAUCUCCUAAAAACCAGCAACAAUCAAUCUCUAAACGACGCCGUUACCUCCUUUCUAACCACCGUGUCAAUAACUCGUUCAAUCAAAUCCCUCCUCAUCCAAAACGGCGCCGUUGAGAUCCUAUCAAACACCCUAACUGAAAAGUCAUUGAAGUUGUUGGCAAUACUUUGCACUUCCAGCGAAGGCAGGUUAGCGAUCGGUUCGGAACCGAAAUGGGCGGCGGGGAUAGUUGAAAAGUUGCUGAAGAUGUCAAAAACGGCGACGGAGGAUGCCGUAUUGGUGCUGUGGAGCAUGUGUUGCGUGAGCAAAGACGAGAAAGUGAAAGAAGAGGUGGCUAAAGGGAAUGGAGUGACCAAAAUUUUGGUGGUAAUGCAAAGAGAAGGCGAGGGGAAUGUGAAGAUGAUGUGCAGGGAUUUGGUGAAGGCUCUAAGGGCUGGCUGCAAAGAUCGUUGUUUGGGAAGUUAUGAAACCAAGACUACCCAUAUUAGGCCUUGUUGAGAUUUUUGCUUCUAAUUGUUUCCAUUUUGGCAUAAAUAUACACAGGAGAAAGAAAAGGAAAUUCAAAGAUUUUUUUAAAACAUUUUCUUUUAGUACUGUAAAUGGAAUUACCAGUUAGUCAUAUUUUUGUUAUUGCCAUUUUUUAGUUUGCUGUAUAUUUUUUAAAAAUGUGAGAAAUUCAUGAGUAAAACUGGAUGAAGUAGAACUGAA